UAGCAGCCGGGCGUCGUGGUUUCGGUUGGCUGGGAGGAAGAGGAAUAACGAAUGUGGGAGCCAAGAAGAAUUCCUCGUUGGCGAACGGCGCUGGAGCGACAAUAUCCACAGGAUUUCUGAGACGUUUUACGGACUACACAUGUCUCCUUAGGGAAAUUUAGGGAAGUUUUCCCCUCACGCGUUCCCGGAUCGGAUAAGAUCACUCCAUCCUCUGACGGCUGGCUGACGCCCACAUACAGGAACUGACCGACCCAGAGCUCAUGGAUUCCUUAGUACUGGGAUUUCGCUUAAAUAUGACCUAGAACUGGGGAUUCAUUAUACUGUCUGUGAUUUUGAGUGGCCUUUGAGCUUUAUGAUUGUUCCAAAAAGAUUAGGGAAGGUUAGUCCUUUCCUACUAAAGAAAUGAGUGUGAGAGGAGGAAGCAACAGCAGCGUGGAGCUUGUCCAUCUCAACACCUCCUCACAGAACACCAGAAGUCUCGAUCCAGGAUGCUUUCUUCCCCACAACCCCUGCCCUCAUCUUUGGCCCUGAGACUACAGUGGGCUCCAUGAACAUGUACAGAGAUACAGGGGUGUGUGCCACCCCUCUUCCUCCACCCCAUCUCCGUCUACCCCUCCAUAAUGGCCACUCUUCCAUGGGCGAUCCAGCACCACCCCGCGUGUCAGUGCCCAAAAUGGGGGUUCGAGCUCGGAUUGCUGAGUGGCCUCCACGCAGGGCACUGUCAAGAGAAUCGCUGCUUGAGAAUGGCCAAGGCAAUCAUCCGGAUGACGUCAACAGUGAGGAUGGAGGUGUGACUAGGUUGCCACAGCGAGUAACCAGGGAUGGUGACUUCCUUGAAUCAGGUCCGAGGCCUCCAGGCACACCACCAAGGUUUCGGACUUCUGUAUUUGCUCCCCUCCGGCAGCGCUCCAACAGCGAGAUUACAUUAAGUGAGCAAGAUGAAUCGGAGGUCGAAAGUCGCUUGUUCCGGGAAUAUGGCAGUACCUCUUCCAUCAACGUACAGGCUGUGUCUGAGCAAAGCUUCUUUGACAUGCUCAAUCAGUUCCAACAGGAGCGGCCAGACCAGCGUAGCACAGCCCCUGCCAAGCUUGGGGAGCUGCUUGGUGCUUCUUUAGAGGGACCGUCUUCCCAUGCCUUCUUGUCAACACCACAGCCCGACGACCACCCGGAGAAUCGUGUACGCAAAAAGAGUGGGGGAACAGAGUCAUCCCUUGGCACCUCCUCUUUAUUCCGCAAACUCCGUAGCGCCAGUCGGGGUGAAACGGAGAAUCCACGAGGCGAUGCGGAUGACGCACGGCCCCCCGAGACAUUGUCUUCCAAACCCUGGCUAUGUGUGCGAAGUUUUGCCCACUAUGACUCUCAAAGCGUUCUGUUUGACUUGCACGAGGCAGCAGCUCGGCGUAGCUACGCCGCCCAACGGCGGAAUACGGCCACCGGAGCUUCGGCUGCCUCUUCGGCUGCUCUCUCUUUGGCAGUUUCCAGAGCUAUUGCUCUGGGGGGAGUGGAGCCCAACUUUUCUAGCACUGAUGACCUCAGUGUCAGAGACCUAUCAGAAGGAUCAACCCUAGGACUGGAACAUUCGGAGCAAGGUGGUCCAGCUAGCAUUAACCCCAACUCUCAGCAACAGUUGUUGCUGAGCUGCCCGCACUUUCUCAAUGAGACCGGAAGCUGUGGGGAACGUAACGUCAGCUUCUUGAGCUCGUGGGCAGAGCGAGGAGAGGCUGCUGUGGUGGAGGCUCAGCUACAUCUUCGCUGCAGUAAUGCCAGUGUGUCCAAACUGGAGGUACUUCCAGAAGAUCGGGCCACCAGGUUAGAGAGACUGCAGCAGCACUGCAUCGAGCAUGUUGACCUGGGUGCCAAAUACUACCAUGAGCACUUUUUUGGGAAAGAGCACUGGAACUACUUUGGCACCGAUGAGAAGCUGGGGCCCGUGGCUCUGAGUAUCCGGCGAGAGAAACUGGACGAUACCAAAGAUUUAAAGGACCAGUACCAGUACCGCAUCAUCUUUCGCACUAGUGAGCUGGUCACAUUGCGAGGAGCGAUACUGGAGGACGCUGUUCUGUCCACAGCGAAGCACGGAACGGUUCGUGGUUUGCCUUUAAAAGAAGUUCUGGAGUAUGUGCUGCCAGAGCUCAGCGUAUCUUGUCUGCGAUUGGCUCUCAGCACGCCAAAGGUCACAGAGCAGCUUCUUAAACUGGACGAGCAGGGGCUAAGUCAGAAACACAAAGUGGGCAUCCUGCUGUGUCGCGCGGGGCAGAGCACGGAGGAGGAGAUGUACAACAAUGAAGAGGCCACGCCAGCCUUCACCGCCUUCCUCGAUCUGCUGGGAGAAACUGUGUGUCUGAGGGGUUUCAACAAAUACGCUGCCCAGCUAGACACCAAAACGGACUCAACUGGAACACACUCCUUGUAUACCACCUAUCAGGACUACGAGAUCAUGUUUCACGUGUCCACCAUGCUUCCAUACAUGCCCAAUAAUCCUCAACAGCUCCUGAGGAAGAGGCACAUAGGAAAUGAUAUAGUCACGAUUAUAUUCCAGGAGCCGGGAGCCCAUCCGUUCACCCCACAGAAUAUUCGCUCUCACUUCCAGCACGUGUUCGUCAUUGUCCGUGUGCACAACCCUUGCUCUGACAACACCUGCUACAGUGUGGCAGUGACCCGCAUGAAGGACGUCCCUCCGUUUGGUCCGGCGAUACCUUCAAAUGGCAUGAUGUUCCGUGACCCCGCUGCCUUUCGUGCUUUUCUGCUGGCCAAGAUCAUUAAUGCAGAGAAUGCUGCGCACAAAUCAGAGAAGUUUCACGCCAUGGCAACCCGCACGCGCCAAGGAUACCUGCGGGACCUGGCGGAGAACUGUGUUUCCACUACACCGCUCGACACUGCUGGCAAACUGAACAACCUCAUCUCUCUGGCCUCCAAACGCAAAGAGCGCGUCCGGGCUCGCGAAGCAGCCGAAAUGGGUGCCGCCGGGGCGCUUGUUUGGCGCGUACUUGCGCAGGACUACAGUGGCGGAGGCGCCGAGCUUCCUUGUGCUCUUGCCAUCUCCAAUGAGUAUAUAGUGCUGGCGGACUGCUCCACCAAAGAGGUGGUGUUUAACUGUUUCUGUGCGGAUGUGAUUGGCUGGAUGGCAGAAAGACUUGCACUGAAGAUUUUCUAUGGAAGAGGAGACCACGUGGCCUUACGGGUACCCGAGGGCAGCGCGCACGAUAUCAGAGAGGUGCUGCAGAGACUUAAGGCAUUGACUGUAGGUUGUGAGACGGUUGAUAUGACAUUGCGACGUAAUGGUUUAGGCCAGCUUGGUUUCCAUGUGCGUUUGGACGGAACGGUGUCCGAGGUGGAGGAAUACGGUUUCGCUUGGCAGGCGGGACUCCGGCAGGGUAGCCGAUUGGUGGAAAUCUGCAAGGUUGCAGCGGUGACACUCUCCCAUGAUCAGAUGAUCGACUUACUGCGGACGUCUGUCACUGUAAAAGUGGUCAUUAUUCCACCUUAUGAAGAGGGUGGGGCCCGCAGGGGCUGUACGGAGGAGUACGAGAUGAAGAUGAUGGAGCAGAAGGGAGAAGCGGAGCCAGUGGCUGCAGGGUAUCGUGCGGGGCAGCGGACCCCAGUGUGGCGUUGGGACAGUCCCCCGGGUACACACAGCUCUGCCCAGCGCUGGACCCCCGGCGGACCCCCACCGGUCCCCAGCCGCACCCACAAAGCUCUGGUCCCCAUUCCAUACAGAGAGCCCCAGCACAUCUCUGUUAAAAGGCCUGUCAGUUACCCAGAGAACCAUUACAGUGUGUCUCCUCUUGGCGGGGACAGAGGGAUGGCGUACAGAAACCCUUCGGCUAGUUUCUCCAGUCCAGCCCCUGGGUUUAACUCCACUGCACUGGGAGUGCCGGGACUCAGCGGACCCUUCAUCCGCUAUAAACCCUCCCGAGACGGGUUUGGGUCAGUCCAGCGGCCUCUCCAGCCUUUUGACCCACAUGUUUCUAUCGACGGCUCCAGUGGGGAAUCAUCAUCUGGUUUCACUAGCCAAGAAAGCACGAUGGAACGCAACAAAUCAGAGCCCAUGUGGCAUGUUCCUGCGUCAUCACGAGGUGUGUCAGUCGCCUCCGCGCAGAGAAGACAAACCCGACAGGACGUUGCAGGGAAAGACUCUCCAAACCGGCACUCUAAGGGUGAGACACACUAUUCCAGUCACUCCAGCAGUAACACACUCUCCAGCAACGCUUCCAGCAGUCACAGUGACGAGCGCUGGUUUGACGGGAUGGGAGGUGGGGUUUCCGGUGUCCCGAGUGACCCCUCAGACCCCGACCCGGACUUAAUGGGCAAGGGAGGGUCCAGUGACAGUGGCAUCGAUGCUUCUCUCUACACACCGAGUCCCAACACUAAAGGAGCCAAACCUAGCCGCAGUCUUGCAGGAACGCCCCACAAACCCCUGCAUGGCUCUGCGACCUACAGCGGCUUGCAGGAUCUGUCGGGAGCCGGAGAAGGGCGGCGCAGGGAGUCGUCACCCGUCAUCGCUGCAUCAGCCAGUCAAAGCAGGAACUACCGCACACGAACAUUCCCCCCUCCGGGAUCGGCCAACGCUGACAACUUCAAAGCGAGGGCCUGCUAUACCCCUCAAGGGUUUAAGACCCCUGCUGUGGCCGAUAAACCCCGGCCUUUCAGAUCUUCAACAGUCACACCCGUGUCAGGAUCCGCCCAGCUGUCAAGCUCCGCCCCCAAGUCAUUAAGUAAAAGCAAGAGUGCAUGGCAACAGGAGGAGAACAUCACAGCAACCAGCACCACCUCCACUGACAGCAACAGCAACAAGCAGGUGGAUAUGAACAGUAAGAACGUGUUCGGACAGCCUCGGUUACGUGCCUCUCUGAGGGACCUGCGCUCACCACGCAGAACUCACAAGAGCACCGUUGAAGACGACUUGAAAAAGCUCAUCAUUAUGGACAACCCUGCGGAUACGCCAUCACGGGAUGCGUCUCCUCAUCGGACCCUGCAACGUACUUUCUCAGAUGAGAGUCUGUGCAGUGGACGGAGAGAUUCUAGUUAUGCAAGCACGCCUCUUUUUGAAGGACAAGUGCCGCCCAGUGACCUUCUCUUCACAUGCACGCUGCCUAUUCGUCGCCACGGUCACAACACCAACCAUGGAGCCCUCAUGCCCAGUAAGAAAGUACCGUUGUCUGCAUCAGAGUUGUCAUUGACUGAGGUGAGGGAUAAGGUUCCUCCUCUCAGAAGACUGGACCCUGGACUCAUACCUCUUCCUGACACUGCCUGUGGACUGGAGUGGUCCAGCCUCGUCAAUGCAGCCAAAGCAUAUGAAGUGCAAAGAGCUGUUUCUUUGUUCUCAUUGUCUGAGUCUCACGCGGGCAGCAAUGAGCUGAGACCCGUCAUCAGUCCGGUGCCUUUCCACACGCCACAGACUCCCCGCACCACUCCGACUUUCAGCAGUGAAGAGGCUCCUAAUGACCUGUCUGGGCGUCUGUAUCAUCUGGAAGUCAUGCUGAAACAGCUGAACACUGAUCUGGAAAAAGAGAAACAAGACAAGGCCGUGUUGUUAGCAGAGAUGGCUAAUCUGAGGCACAACAACCAGCGUCUGCAGGAGGAAUCGCACUCAGCCAGUGAACAGCUCCGCAAGUUCAGUAAACUCUUAUCCUCCACCAUUCCUGAGAGGAAAUGAGUGCUUCCUGCCUUUUCAUUUACGAAGAGAAGAUGAGAGGGGAUCUUCACGUACCUGUACUGUGCCUAAUAUGGCAUGUUUAGCUCAUUUAAUUCAAAGUCUCGUAUCGCCCAGUUCAUCCACUGUCCCGCCCGCCCUCAUAUAAGGCAAGUCUGCCAGACCUGUGAGCUUCAUGAGAGUGUGACGGAGGGAAACCGAGAGUUUUUGCGGGUCAGCCAGAUGACUUGAGACUUUAAAGCUUUAAAUUAAAGCCGGUACAGAAGUACGAAGUAUAUUUUCCCACACACACACACACACAAGCGAGCUCUUUAUCUGAUUGAACUACUUUCGGAACUAUUUUCUCAUCGUAGAUUUAUUUUUGUACUCGACGAUUCGACACAAAGCUUGAGCCAGUGAAACGGAGAGGCCUAUUUACUGCACAGUCAGCUCAACAGCCAAAAAACAAAUCAAAAAACAGAUUUCCCAGCACGUCGAGGGAAAUCACGGUACUGUAAGCGUGAGGAGAGGUACAGUGCUCUGGGAAAGUCUAAUUAUAAACCACAUGUGCAGGUACAGACGCUGUUGUAUUCAUAUUUCUAUUCAACGGAGAGGCAAUUGUACAAACCAUCCCUCAUCUCAACAAAUGUUCAACGCAGACUGAAAGCCCUCUGCAAUAACAGCUCUAAAACUGUGAUGUUCCACCCAAGUCUUUGAUCGUCUCCUCUGUGCAUGGACAUCGUGACAGUGUCAUGUGACAGGAAUUGCCACUAUAGCACUGUGUGUAAACUUGGGCCGCUCUGUCAGAUUCCGACACUGUAUAUGAAUAUGCAAAGCCGACUCUAAGAAGCCCUAGUCAGCUGUGUUCAGACUCUAUUUUUCUAUUUGUAUUAAGUUCAGGUUUAUCAGGUGAAACGACUGUUGGCAAUAGAUGGCUGUUUUCAACUUCUAGACAGAUCAUCGUGUUUACAAGACGAUCCGCGCCGCACUCGGGACUGCAGUUGUUUAUGAGCUCUGGAAAAUCCUAACUGGAAUAACCGUCGAAUAUGGUUUAACAUGUACCCCAUGUUACUGUGUACAUGUCUGCCUUAAAAGUGGUCAUCCGUGACCAGUGAUGUGUUGUGAUUUACGACCCAUGUCGGCUCUCUCCAUCCCUUUAACCUGACGCGACUGGAAAAAGAUCUCCUCCUCUCUCAGGACCCGUAAGCUGCCCUCUCGAUGACCUGAUCUCUAAUUCCUCUGACCUAUUUAUUCACACCAAGCGAAAGCACUGCAUAUUGCAUUAGUCAUCAUAAGUGAAAAUGAUGUCUCCGCUCUUCUCAGACACACAAAAAACAACUAUAUACAUCCUAGCACUGUAAAACGCAAAGGUUUUUAUUUAUGGGGUGAGGGAUACAAAUAAUAAGCCCUGACAUCAUUCUUUGCAGCUGUUUAGUAGUGUAAUUGUAUAGUGCUUUUAUACUAAGCUUUAAACGUUACAUGUUCUCCCCACUAUUAAUGAGGAUAAAAAUACAUUUAAAGGGACAGGUUCUAUUUAUUCUCACCCUCAUGUCGUUCCAAACCCGUAUGACUUUCUUUUCUCUGUGGAAUAUCGUUUGAAGAAUUUGGUCCCCAUUGAGUUACAUUGUAUUUUACGUCCAUCUAAAGAAAGUCGAUGGGUUUGAGUAGAUAACGACAUGAAUUUUCCCUUUAAAUGAAAGUCUGUAUACAUGUUGGAAGCUUUUAGUUACACAUGGUCACAUUAUCAUAUGAUAAGCUCAUUCAUCCCCUCGUUUAGAUCAGAUUUUCUCAUCUCAUUGCUGUGACUACAAGAGAUUCACCCACUGUGUUUUUUUCUGUCAAUGAAGUGGGAGGUUUCUCAGACUCUUGGUGUGUCGCUCGGUUCCUGGGUGUCAUAUCUACACCAUGGAUUGUCUUAUGAUUUCUGUUUGUAUGCUUGUUUGAUAGUCGGGUGGAGGUGUUUCGAAUUAAGUUUGUUUUUAGGGAUAAAUAUGAAUAAUAUACUUGUGAAAACAUCUAUGUGCAUCUGUGUUGCGCAUUCUUAAAUCAUGGCAAAUUAUAUAGUCCAGCUGUAAUAUUUGAAGGUUUAUUUUUAUGUGUAAUAUUUUGACUAUUUAUUUUGAUUCUCUUUUUUUUUUCGUUCGUUCUUUUUAUAAAUACGAAAAGACAAAUUCAAGGUGAAAAUUCAAGAUUACAGAUUUGGUAACGUUAUUGGAGGGUACUGAGUCUAUGUAUUUUUUUAGUUUUUCUUUUAUAUUUUGUUUGAUUCAUGAUCUUUUGUACAAAGCUGAUUUUAUCCUUUGUUUCUUAUUUUUAAACUUUAUUGUAAUUCACAUUUUGUCUCUGUUUCCGUUAGCUUCAUGCAUGAAACAGCGGCUCUGAUGCCUUGAUUUAACUAUUGAUAACUGAUUGAUCUUUCAGUUUCUUUUAGGGAUGUUGUAUCAAUGAGUGUACAUUUAAUAAGUGUAAAUUAUGUUUUCAUUAUUUUAUAAAAAAAUAUAUUAAAAUAUUUCAUAAUGAUA